GAGUGUUGGUAAUGUAGUAUAGUUUCGAUUGUUGUUUUUUUCUAAUGUAAUCGCACGAAGUACUUCUUGUUCAGCUUUUUUGAUGGUGAACAACCUAGUGUAAAUGGAAAUACUGCACACAAUAAAUUGUGUAGCCCAGUCAAUGACUGUAAAUGUAUGUUCCGUAUGUUUGUAGAAACGCUAGAAGGAGUAACGCGUCACCCAGCCGCAACUUUUUAUUGCUGGGAGCACGAGACUGAGCAGUGACACCGUCCUCUCAGUUUAUGCGGGAGCGUGAAUGAAACAUUCGCGCAGCUGCGCUUUUCCCCUUGGGGGGCACGGGGGUGCAGUGCUUCGCAUUGUUGCCUCACACCUCGGCGACCUGGGCUCAAGUCUUUCCCAGCGCUCCAUGUAUGGAAUUUGUAUCUUCUCCCCGUGUCGCCGUAAGUUUUCCCGCGGGUUCUCUGCUUCCCCCCAGGCCAGAGAUUAAUUGUAGUUACCAAACUGCUCGUGGGUGUGCACAGGGGAUUUUGGGCCCCAUGAAAACAUCAUAUUGGCAGGUCAGCAGGUUGAUGACUGGCUGGAGAUUAUUUGGGCGAAACAGCCUAAAAAGAGGCGGAGAGUUUGGGCGGAGCAGCGGGAGGGGAGGCUUCGUCUGUCCGGAUAGACCGACGCUGUGUCAACAGCUUGGAUCCGUCAGGGGGGCGGGGGACUGCACUGUGCGACAUCUGAGCUUGUCUGCCAACGGCCUGAGUGACGCUGACGUUCUGUGCUUGGCCAGGUGCCUGCCCCUCUGCUCAUCUCUGGAAUCCCUAGACCUGUUGGGGACCCCUGGUGCGACGGAGGCUGGCCUCGGUGCCCUGCUGGGGGCGCUCAGGGACACGGGCCUACCUCUACCUGCAGGGUGCCUGACCCUCUGCUCAUCUCUGGAGUCCCUAGACCUGUUGGGGACCCCUGGUGCGACGGAGGCUGGCCUCGGUGCCCUGCUGGGGGCGCUCAGGGACACGGGCCUACCUCUACCUGCAGGGUUGCUCAGUGUGGCGGCCCUGUGACACGGGGACAGAGGACGGCCUGUCCUCCUGUGUUGGGGAGCUCCGGCUCUGUUCCCGCCGGCUGGAGAAGCUCGAUCGGCAGGCUCUGCUGCACAGCCUGGGUGUGCCGGAGGAGGCUGUCCUCUCCCGAAACUCCCUGUGCCUGAUCAGGACUUCCCCUGCCCCAUGAAGCUGCACCUGCCCCCAGGAAGACCGGACACCUGCUCCAGCAGCUUCUGAAGAUCUGUCAGAUGGAUGCCUUCCCUGGUGCCUGUGGCAUUAAGGACUAUAUUUAUUACAUAUUAAUAUGUGUGUGUGGGUGUGUCCACUAAGGGUGUGAGAUCUGACGAUAUUAGAUUAUGAACAAUUAACACGUUUCUAUUAUCUGCCUUUACGGAGGUCGUUAAUAUCCUUACAGCCCAUACCUGCAUCUAAAGUUGUUUUGUCAGCCAAAUCCUUUCUGACCCACCAAUGAUCCAGUAUCAGUGAACUGUAGGUAUUGCCUAAGAUUUCUUCCUGUCUAAUUCUUCAACAGAAUUCUCUGCAUAUAAAGCUACUAAAUAGCAAACAUUCUGCCUGAAAAAAGUCGCGAUAUAUUUUUGUUAUAUUUCGGACCUUUGGGGUCCACCCUUGUGUGGGCCCAUGCCGUAGGGCGUCCAUUUGGGCAUUUGUGAGUAGUUUUAUGGAUGUCUUGGAUCCAACAAAACACUUGGAUCUGUUCCUAAGCGCAGUGCCCAGAAUUAACGGUGCAUAUUAAAAUGGACGUUUUAAUCCUUUCUGUCGGAACCCAGUUUUUCUGCAGCUUUUAUUGACUGAGAAACAAAAACGGGAUUCCUGCAGCUAAGCGAGUGGGAUGUGUGUAAAUGCGGCAGCACCCAGUGCCACCGGAGUGCCGAUGCUUCCACAGCGCGCUGGGAGUUAAUGUCACAGGACCAUUUCUCUUUUAAAAUGCUGCUUUUAUUUUUUUCCAUUUUGCAUUACAUUUUGCAUAGAUGAUGGCAGCGGUGUCUUGCCUUAAAAAGCGCCUCAGGAAGGCUUCCGCAGGUUACCUUUAACAGCAAACAGCACAAAAGUUCAUAGGUUAGCUUACAGGAAAGUGAGGAGGUAUUGCACUUUACACCGUCCCA